AUGCCAGAAGAAUUUUCACGUCAACCGUCCACGCGGUGGGUGAAAUCUAAAUCGCAGACCUAUGACUCGUGGGGCGAUCAGUACGAUGACUACGGAUACGACUAUGAUGAAGCAUUGAACGAGGUAGACGAAGAGGCUCCAGAGCCACCUGUCACGGCCAAGGCAGUGCCUAUGACUGUCAAUUCUACCAAUUCCCACAUCUCAUCUACAACUUCGGCCUCGUCGCCCUUGGUACUCACCAUCGACAAGAUAAAUCAAUCUGUCAAUAGCCUGGAUGACGAAACGGACGAUGGAACCGGCCAGCAUUCUGAGCAAAAAACGGGUGACGAGGGUGUAAGCCACAAAUCAUUCCAGCAAGAAAGUCAGGAAACCUACUUGAAGCCCCACCAGGAGAUCCACCAGGAGAUCCACCAGGAAAAUCAGCCGGAUAAUCAGGAAGAAGAUCACCAUCAAGAUAUACAUCAAGCCGAGCAUCAGGUAAGCUAUGGAGAAGAAUCUCAUGGAAGUUAUCAGGAAAGUUACCAGCAGCAAUACCUGAAUGACUAUAAUGAUUACAACGAGAUGUAUGCUGAUAAAAGCCACCCAAAAUCAUAUGGAGAGCCAGCAAGCAAUGCCUCCAACAGUGACUACGCACAUCACUACGCGGAUGAUAUAAAACACAACCACUACGCAGAUGAUAUAAGCACUCACGAAUUCAGAGACGAGGAACGUGGUACGGGGCAGACAAUAGAUAACGCUGGGCAGUCUUCCAAGAAGUCUCCUCCCAACAAUCUCGCUCCCAUUUCCACCCAAGGCUUAAAAGAUGACUCAGAUUUCUUUCCCCCUACUCCUACCUUCUCUCUAAAGCCCCAGCAGCAGCCUUUUACUCCUGAAACUCCGCAAUCAGAUCGAAGCUACAUCUCGGAUACUGAUUCCAUCCAAAGAGAGCCGGAGAACUUGAACUUGGCUUAUGGUGGCUUGAAUGAGAUCAGAGAGGAGCUGCCAAAUGGAAACACCGCCCCAUCCGCAACCGACAAUGUUCCAGAAACUUUGGUGUUCUCCGUUGACCAUAUGAACCUCAAUUCUUCUGAUGACGAUGCUAGUAUUGAUGAGGAGUCAUACAGACAUGACCACGAAUUUUUGGCCGACUCCAAGAACCCUAAUGGUCCAACUUAUGAGGAGAUUGUGGAUGCUGAACAUGCCAAGGCUAGAAUUGUCGACUCUUCUGAUGAAGAUGAUGACUGGGGAUAUAACAGUCAGCACUCUAGUAAUGAGGACUUGGUGGGAGAGUUGAGACCGACCGAAAGGGUUACAUCGAGUGAUUCGACGUCGAGACAUCCUAUCAAAACUGAUGCAUUAGACUCGUUAAUCAAUGACUUGCUGCAAAUGGAACGCCUGUCCACACUCUAUCUGUCUCAAACUGAGGUUAGUAAGGUUGCUGAUGCAAGAUCACAGACCGUUCCACCAAAUCAGGAUCAAGAGUUUGAUGCCAAUUUCGUUCCAGAAGAAUUGCCUUCUUUGAGCUCAAUUCACGAUCUCUCGUUGCCAGACUUCGAGAACGGCCCGGCCACCGAUGCGCCAACUCCUUUAGAGAAAAAUAUAUUGCCACAGGAUUUCCAGAAGAAGCACGAACACUUUUUGUCUAAUGUCCUGAGCCGUUCUCCCUCUGUGAGGAAGGCACCUCCAACAGCUCUCAAAGUCCAGGAAGAACAAGAUCCUAAGGCUGUUGACAGUGAUCUCAAGCUGGUGAAACUGGUUGCAAGUUCUAAAUUUGACUCGGAAUCCAAAUUAGAGCCCGUCAUUUCUUCUGGAUCUUUGUCCACUGGAAAUUCUGCCUUUGAGGCACCAUUACCUAUGGCACCUCCUCCUGUCCCCGAUCACAAGGGUUUGGAUAGAAGGAUAUCAACUGCAUCGGCGCAAACCAUGAACUUCGGUUCCUGGACGCCGAAUACAAAUAUGUAUCGCGAUCAGUUUGUCACUCUGAAUGACGAUGAAUCACAGAUGAAUGUGAGCAUAUACAAUGGUGAUGAUUCUAAUUAUAACAAGUUCACCGGAAUGCGUCCUCCUUCUGGUUACGCUGAAUCGUUCUCCAAUUCGAGUAUGGUGUCUGUCCCCGAAACUAUUGAUGCCCCACUACCAGUUAUCGACGAAGAUGGUCAAGAUGAAGACAUCGAAAUACAAUCAAAACUGGAUAUUCAUACCGUGGCAACAAAUGGUGCUUCGGUGCUCAAUGAUCAUACCUAUGAAUCUCCUUUGUUCAAGGAAACGAAUACCCCCGGCGUUUCCCUUGAUCAUCUCCCUUCCAACGAGUUGACUAAAUCUGAAACUAGGCUUUCUUCUGGUGCGCAUUCGCCUAGUGAACUUCGCAAAGUUAGUGAAACUUCCAUUGCUUCGACCUCUAGGGCUCCAUCAUCACUGAUAUACCCAGUCUUCAACUGGAAAAAGAUAAUGAGUGUAUCACAGCCAGUGGACCGUAUCAACAUGUUGAGAAAGGCUCAGGAAGAUGAGAUGAACUAUGAGACUGGAUUAAACUAUUGGCUUCAAGAGAUCCUUAAGACGUCGGAGACGUCUCCAAACAUUCAAAUUGGUAAGAUUGCCACUCAAGCUUAUCAGAAUGCUCAACAUAGCGAUAUCAGAAGGCACACCUCGAUUCGUAGCAAGGUUUCGUUGGUCAAGGAUAAAAUGGAAACGGGUCAUUUUGCGUCGAACUUAGGUCGGAAGUUCUUGAGUCGCGGUAAGAAGUUUAUGAAAUCAGGGACUGAUUAA